CGAGUAUUCUCUUAAUGUUUGACUGUGAUUGGUCAAUUCCUUAAGUUACAACUUUAAUCCAUUAAUCUUACUGUCAUUGUAGAUGACGUGUUAUAUAUUUUCAGUGCUGACAGUAAACUGGCAGCAAUUUCGAAACACGGCCGCACAGCCCUUGUCACUCAGUGAGAGGUUGUGCUUCUAGAUGCACUCGUUGAUAUGUGUAAAUUUUACUGUAAUAUAACCAGAAUAUAACAUAAAAUAUUUAUCGAUUGGAUUAAGUUAUAUGAAAGUUAUUAAUAUUAUUAAUUGAUUGGAAAAUGUAAUAAUCGCAAAAUGGAAAAAACAGACGUACGAAUUUUCCUAGAGUUGAAAUCAUGUUGCGAUAAUCUCUUAAAAAAUCCGAGUAAGGAACAUGCAUAUAGAAUUGCAACGGUGGCCAAUAACAUCUCCAAUGAAGUCAUGCAAGACUCAUCAGAAUAUUGUUUAUUUCCCAUUAUCACUUCCCUACGAAAUAACAGCUUGAGUAUGAAUGUAAAAGAACAAUUGGUGAAGACUAUGAGAGUCAUAAUACAGAAGAUUAGAAUUAGAAAAUUAAAGCAUUUUUAUGAGAUCUAUGAAUCUUUGUUAUUUCAAAUCUUUGACAAAAGUCAGCCAAAUCAAGUAAUCAUGUUUUACGAGGAACUCAAGGAAGUAGUAGCAUUAUGUAUCAAAGAUCUCGUUCAUCACAGCUUUACUGAUGUCAUUGAGUUACUUUAUACCAAAGAAAAUAGACUGAAACUUGGCCAAGGAAUAUUAUUAUGCUUAACAAUUGCAAGAAUUGAAAAGUCACCCAUUGUAAAAUUAGCAGCAAUAGAUGCGAUAAUGGUUCUAUGCCAUAUAGAUGACAAAAUAGAUAAAUCUGAUAUCGUUAUGCAAGAACAAGUAGCAGAUAUCAUUAUGGUAUUUUUACCUGGUAUUGUUAGUGGAUUACAAGAAAUAGCAAUGGGAGGUGAAGUUCAAAAUCAUAAGGUUACAAUGAUGGCAGUUCGAGCAUGGGGAAGAGUUAUAUCUCUUGUGAUGCAUGAUAAAGAGGAAAAAGAUAUUGCGUUAUCUAUAGAAACACUUAUGAAAAAAGACAGUAUGUUUACCAAUGUGUCGCAUACUCCAACAUAUAGUGGUAAAUGUGAUAUAAAACAUAAUUUAAAGGGAGCCACAAGAAAUAAGGAGUGGUUUGAAGCUGCAGCUAUUAAACUUGGUGCUUGUAUACAGCUUGUGGAUAAAAUUAGGAGUCAUUCACAUUAUAAAGUCAGAGGAGAAUUGGUAGAAAGUAUCAAUAUUAUACUUAAAAAUUGUCCCAGAAAUAUGAAACCAAAUAUUAUGAUAUUAACGGAUUAUUUGAUUUCCUUGUCUGAAGAUGAAUCUAUAGAAGUUAGCAAUAAAGCACAUAAUGUGCUGCGCAGUUUAAGUGAAAACUACAUGCAAAAUCACAAUAUAAGACCGCUAAUUGAUUCAUUGGAAGAUAAGUUUUAUGGUUUACUUACAAGAUUGCCCACAUUAAUAAGACGGUCAGAUGGUAAUGAACAAUUAGCAUCCUUGAAUCAAUUUGCUGGCUAUUUAAAGCUGUUUGGAAAACAAAGACUACCUCAUAUUAUGAGAUCACAAGCUCACAUGCGAAGAUUGCUUUUAGCCCUUGUAUACAUUAUGGUGUUAGAUUGCAAUGAUGUAUCUCCUUUGCUAACAAUAAAUAUGAAAGAUUUAGAUGAUCCUGUGUAUUUCUAUGGAUCAAACUCAUGGAAACAAUUUAAGUUUAUCAAGAACAGUUCAUGUAGAGAGAAACUUGUUGCAAUAUGCAAGCUGCUUGGAGAAUUUGGGGAUUGUAGGAUAUUAGUUGAUACUAUUCUUGAGCUUAUGUCAGAUGCAUCACAACACAGGAAAGAACUAACUUUACUACUUAACUGGAUCUUAGUUAUGAUUUUCAUUGUUUCAGUUUCUAUUAAAGAUCCAUCUGUUUCACAUUUAUAUAAGGAAAUUGUGAAUUUUUAUACAAUGCAAGAAGUAUGGUACUUGCCCAUAGAAGUAUCUAAAGAUAUUCCUUUGGUACAGGUGCAAAGUAAUAUAGUACAGUGUUGUCUUUUAAUGGAAGGACUAGGCUGUAUAGCGCAAAAUUUACAAAACGACCACGAUAAAUAUCUUUUGAAAACUUUGUAUAUUAUUAUUGAAAGAGCAGGUAGUGGAAACAGUUUGAUCAGUUAUAUUGGAGUGCGUACUCUCGAAAGUGUCGCCAAAGCGCAACAACAUGAGACGAUCGGCGACCUGUUACGUGCGAACGUAGAUUAUUUUUCUUAUCACAUUUUAAUGAAAUUACGUCAAGUGGCUCGUAAUCCUGGCGUACUCGAUGUUAUUGAAGUUGUUAUGAAAUACAGCAGAUUAGACUUCUUACCACAUUUAAAGGGAAUUGUGAAUGAUGUAUUCAGGCAACUAUGUAUGCCUUAUCAUCAGAAAGAUACUUAUUCCUUUCUAAAGAUAUUUCAUACAUUUAUCGCGUGCGUAAAAACUUUAAUAAAUUGGGAAGAUACAAAAGGAAUAAUAAAGAAAGAUGACACACAAUCUACAAAUAAUUUUUCGGAGACAAUCAUUCUUUCUUUAUUAGAAUAUUAUAACGCAAAGAAGAUUGAUGAAAAGAUCGAAAAAAAUAAUGUUGAAGAGAUCGAAUCAGAUGUGCCAAAUUUUGAAAAAUCAACAGAAGAGACAAAUACAGAACAGCUAAUAGAACAUUACUCUGAUCCAAAUGUAGAAGAUGAAAAAAACAAAAAGUUACCAACCCAUAUAAAGAUAAUUGUAGAAGUUAUGAAACGCUGUUUACAUUUUCUACCUUUGAAAGAUGUACAAAAGUCAUUAAUGGCAAUGCAAACGCUUCAAGAAGGUCUACCAAUGUUAAUUGAAUGGGAGAAUGAAUUAUUACCUAUUGUGCAUCAAUUAUGGCAUCCGCUAGUUGACAGAUUUAAUGAUAAAAACGUCCUUGUGAUUAAUCGUUCAUGGCAACUUUUACAUGUACUCGCUGAUAUAUCGAACGACUUUAUCAGAAACAGAACUUUACGACAGGUAUUGCCAUGCAUAUUUAAAUUCCUAGUCGAAUCUUCUACAGAAAGCAUCGAUAAAAGUUCUGUGAAUAUUUACAAAUUUACACAAAUCUAUAAAUUACAACGCGAAUUAUUAUCUACUUUGGGAACAAUUGCUCGGCUCCUAAAACUUCGUGAACGGGAAUUAUGGCAAAUAUUAAGUAACACAGAAUCAUAUCUUAGUGCACGACAAAAUCCUAUGUUACAGGCAUGUUGUGUAAAAUUGUACAAAGAUAUUGCCGAUUAUAAUGGAGAUAUCGCGUGGUUGAAGUGUCUCAGUAUCUGGAAUUCAAAAAUUGCACGAAUAACAUCUGAUGCAACACUUGACAUAAGUAAUUUGCUGGAUUCAGAGGUUGCUCGAUCAAACAAAUAUUAUAGAAAUGUAAACGAAAUCAUUAUAUACAUCCAAAAAAAGGACCUGCACCAUUAAAUAAAUUAUACAUGUUAUAUAUUAACUACAAGCUCAUAUUAAAGAUAUAAGAUACAUAUUAUUUAAGAAAAAUCAGAAUAUUAGUAAUAGAGGCCUUAAAAAUAUAAAUAAAAAUAUAAUAAACAACAUAUUGAACCAAAACUUGUCAAGGCAAUAAUGCGUCAAUCGAUUACAAAAAACGUCUUUAUUCUUUAUAGAAUC